AUGGACGAAGAUAUCCUCAUCCCAUCCAUCAUGCUCGUCAUGCUCCUCUUCAUCUUCAGCCUCCCGGUCUCCAUCACAGCCUGCAUUGCGGCAUCCAACACGCGGAAAUGGGCAAAGACCAAAGCCACAGCCAACGCCCGCGCAAACGGCAUCCAUCUACCCGACGCUGACGCCGAGAACGACCCUCUGGUGAACCAAGAUUCCGACUCGGACUCAGACUCGGACCCCGAGACUGAAUUCCUCGACUCUGAAGACGAGGAACACUACAACAAGAAACGCGAGCAGAAGCGCAGAGAGCGUGAAGACAAGAAAGCGGAUCUCCUGCUCAGCACGCGUGCGAAGUUCGUCAAGGAGUGGAAGGCCUGCUGGAGUGGGCCGAAGAAGGGGACCGAGGCGGAGAAGUUGGGAGAGCAGAAGUUCAAGGAGCUCGAGGAACACAGGAAGAUUGCGAGGGAGGCGGUCAGGGAGUAUCUCAGAGUGGAGAGGAAGAAGGCCAGGAAGGCGUUGAGGGUCAAGAGCGAGCAGCAGGGCGACGAGGGAGUGAAGGCUUUGGAGUUGCCGACUUAUGGGAAAGCCGUGGGUGAGAAGACGAUGUGA